UCCACAUUUAUAUUUAACAUCAAAUGAAACCGAUUAUAAUCUAUUAUUUAGUGAUUUACUAGAAUUUGAUUCACUUUAUGUUAAACCAUUAUUUGGUGAUUGCUUAUGGACAACAGAUGAGUAUGUAAUUGAUUAUUUAUAUAAUACGUCCAUGGUUCUAAGACAAGGGAUAUUAUAA